GGAGCAGAAUCCCGACGGAGGGCAGUGUCAAUCGUUAGUACUUGGUAGCGUAGUGGUUUCGUUGAGACACCUACAUUACAUUCGUAUAAUAUGAUUCAGUUUCGCUAGCACUUUUACGGGGUGAGAUUUGCAAAGUGUGUCUGAACAUCUCGAAAAGUGCGUCGCACGUAAGUGCGAAGCGUGAUAUGAAAUAGUGAAUUGGAUCGUGAUUCAAAUGGAUAGGCGAUACUAACUACACGUCAUGGGAUUGUGAAAGGAAUCGAGAACGUAUAAGAAGGUGGCAGGAAGUGGGAAAAGGGCCAGGGAUACAACGCUCACGCCCGGUUGUCACGACGCCAUGUUUCCCCGAAGUAAUCUACCGAUGUCGAGUAUCCCUUUGAUGAUACUCUGUUUUUUCAUACUAUUCGUCGCCGGCCUUGAUGAAUCCGUUAUUGAAAGCAUAGAAACCACUGAGUCAAAAAAUGAGAAUCCAGCAAUAUUAGAAAUUACAGCAUCUCAAGAUUUAGAAGGUAUAGAGGCUGGUAGUACACCAUCAUUAAUAUGUAAACUCAGUGUUCCUGGCCAAAUAUGGUGGACUAGCAAUGGAAAAAAUCUCACUACUAUUAAAGAUUUUGAUUCAGGAGGGCGUUUGGAUAUUAAACAAGCUAGUAGAAAUGAUACAGGAGACUACAAGUGUAUAGCACAAACUGUAGAAGGGGAAAUAUUGGAAAAGGAUAUUCAUAUUAGAGUUAUUGAACCAGGGAGAAUAACAACUGGAGAAGAUAUUAGAGUAAAAGUUAUGGAAUCUGCUAAUUUAACAUGUCACAUGCAUGGUUAUCCAUUAUCUCAAUUUUCUUGGUUAAAAGGAAAUGAUUCUGAAAGUUCAGAUCAUUGGAAGGAUUUCACCACAAUCACACAAAUAAAUGAAACUCUUACUAUACUCACUUUAGAAUUUACGAGUUUAACACGUAAAGAUAACGGAACGUAUAUUUGUAAAGCACGUGAUUACAACGGUGAAAUUAGCGCUUAUAGACAUCUUUUUGUAAUUGAUGUACCAAAAGUAAGCAUUGACUUCAUGAAAGCUGUAGGUGCUGGAAGUAUAUUUUUAAAUUGGACUGUAAAUGAUGGUAAUGAGCCUAUUAAAAAGUAUUUUAUCCAACAUAUGAAGAAUGGAACUAAUCAAUAUCAAUAUUAUUCUGAACAAAUCGGCGGCGGUAAUUCAAGUUAUGUUCUAAAAGGUUUUGAAAGUGGUACAGCAUAUCAGAUUGGUAUUAGUGCCACGAAUAACGUGGGUACGUCACAUGUACGAUUUGAUCCACGUUGGAUUACCACUCUCGAAAAAGGUAUUGAAAUACAUAAUUUUAAUCAUAUUAUUUCUGAAUUAUUAAAUAAUAGAUCAAUUCAAUUUGUUAUAGAUCCUAUAUUUGUACCAAAAGUUUCUGUUAAUGGAGUUACUGAAAAUUCUAUUACAAUAGCAUGGACAGUGCCACCAUUGGAUUUAAAAGAACACGUUCAUUAUUAUAAUUUAAUGAUUACCCAUGGAGAUCAAAAAAGAGAAGCGGUAUAUCCUGCGCAACCAUUUGCCGUGUACGCAUUUGUCGAUCUUGAUCCCGCUACAAAAUAUAAAUUUAAAAUUGCCGCAUGUAGCGAAUAUACAAAAGAAUGUGGAAAUUGGAGUACUGAAGUAAAUGGCACUACUUUAGAUGGAGGUAAAAUUAUUAAACUCGAAAACUCAAUAUUUUCUAUAUUUAAAAAAUUUGAAAUUAAUAAUAUAAUUUUAAUUUCAGUGGCUAGUCCUCCUCAGAAUUUGUCUGUUAAUUGUCGAUUUGAUAAUAUAAGUAGUUCUAGUUUCAUUUCCAUUUCAUGGGCUCAUCCAGAGAAACCUAAUGGUGUUAUUACUCGUUAUAAUAUACAAUUAACUGGCAUUGCUAGAUUUAGAAAUGACAUGGGUCGUUUAGAUAUUGAUACUUGGGGACCACAGACUUGGAGUGUUUAUAAAAAAAAUAGUACACAUUUUAAUCAAAUACCACCCAAUACUAAUUAUACUGUCCGUGUUAACGGUGUAACUAGAUCUCGAACACCAGGAAAAGAUGCUGUUGGUAAUUGUACUACGCCAAUUACAGUACCAGAUAGAGAUAGUUUAAAUAUGCGAUCAUGGCGAAAAAUCGAAAAUCAGGGUAAACAAUUGUUUAAAUUGUAUCUUCCUCGCAUCACAGAACGAAAUGGUCCUAUAUGUUGUUAUCGAGUUUAUCUAGUAAAAUUAGCACCACAAAAAAGUGUUACUGAUUUACCACCACCCGAAGAAAUUAAUGUAUAUUCAUAUCAGUAUGCUCAUAAUUCACCUUCUGGUGGUGCUUAUAUUGCCGAAAUAUUCGAUAGUGAUCGAUUGAUAUCCGAAAUUUUCCUUGGCGAUGGUGAAUCAUUCAAUGGUAGUAAUAUGUGCAAUAAAUGUAUUGGACUUCGUCCAAAAGUUGCUCCACCUGUACAUUUUGUUCCUGAAGUUUCAAUAACCACAUCAGUAUUUAAUACAACACCUGUUAUUACUACAACAUCAUUAACAUCGACUACAACUUCCACUCCAACAACAUCCACUGUUACUACUCAAAGGAUAGAAACAACCAUUACAAAUCUAAUAGAUAAUAAUCAUACAGAAUCUGUAGAAAGAAAAAAAAGAGAAAAUAUGGUUAUCCACAAAACAAAAAGCGAAGAUGGAUCUUUUGAACAAUUACUUAGCGCACAAGAUGGUUUCUUAGAUGAAAAAUCAAAUUAUACGGGUUUCAUCGAAGUUAUUGUGCUUGGAAAUCAAGAUCAGCUUUUGCCUGCUUAUAGUAACUAUUUUAAUCUUCUCUAUGGAGGAUUAGAUCCCGUGACUAUGAUAUCAACGGAAGUGACCACACUCAGUGUAAUUCUACAACUUUCUAUUGCUCUUAUACUGAUUAUCAUCAUUCUUCUUAUUGCACUUUGUGUAUUACAUAGAUACACAAAGCGUGCUCAACAAAGAGGAGAAGAAAUUAUAACUCUGAGAAAUAGUUUCAGGCAUUUAUGCAGAAGUCUUAGAGGAAGGCAUCAAUUGGUAGCAGCAAGUCCUCCAGAUAUGCCUCCUAUUCCUAAAAGUGAAUUGCUUCAAGCAUAUCUUGAACGACACCGAGAUUCUGAUUAUGGUUUCCAACACGAAUUCGAACUAUUACCAGAUAGAUUUACAGAUCGUACAACAAGAGCUUCAGAAGCACGCGAAAAUUUAUAUAAAAAUCGUUAUCCUGAUAUAAAAUGUUAUGAUCAAACUAGAGUAAGACUCGCGCAAAUGGAUGGAAUUUGUGGUUCUGAUUAUAUAAACGCAAAUUUUGUAUUAGGAUACAAAGAACGCAAGAAAUUUAUAUGCGCUCAAGGUCCAAUGGAAAAUACUGUUUGUGAUUACUGGAGAAUGAUUUGGGAACAACAUCUUGAACUAAUACUUAUGUUAACAAAUCUCGAAGAGUAUUCGAAAACAAAAUGUGCAAAGUAUUGGCCAGAUAAAGGUGAAACUAAAAAUUUUGGCGAUAUUACUGUUGAACAUGUUCGAGAAAGAGCUUACUCGGAUUAUGUUGUUCGUGAAUUAAAAAUGACACGAUUAGGAGAACGAGACGCACGCACUAUCAUUCAAUAUCAUUUCUUAGUUUGGAAAGAUUUUAUGGCACCAGAACAUCCUCACGCAAUCCUCAGAUUCAUUAAAAGAGUUAAUGAAGCUUAUUCGUUGGAAAAAGGUCCAAUACUGGUACAUUGUAGUGCAGGUGUCGGACGAACGGGAACAUUAGUAGCAUUAGAUUCUUUAUUACAACAACUUGCAGAAGAGGGUCAAGUUUCGAUUUUCAAUACAGUAUGUGAUUUAAGACAUCAAAGAAACUUUUUAGUGCAAUCAUUGAAACAAUAUAUUUUCAUUUAUCGUGCAUUAAUGGAAAUGGCACAAUAUGGUGAUACAGAAAUUCCAGCAUCACAGCUUAAAAAUAAUGUUGCAAAAUUAAGACAAAGAGAUAAUGGUAAAGAAAAGUGUAGAAUGGAAGAAGAAUAUGAUAAAAUCAACUCUGUAUUAGAAGACAGAAAAUCAUUUUCCGUUGGUGGAGGAGAAGAAAAUAAAAGCAAAAAUAGAAGUGAAUUAAUAAUACCAUAUGACAGAAAUCGAGUAAUUCUUACACCCGUUCCGGGUAGAGAACAUUCAACUUAUAUAAAUGCAUCUUUUAUUGAAGGCUAUGACAAUUCCGAAUCGUUUGUCAUUACUCAAGAUCCAUUGGAUACUACAAUAGCAGAUUUCUGGCGAAUGAUUUCAGAACAGUGUAUCUCUACGAUAGUAAUGUUAUCCGAUUUAAAUGAAGGUCCAAGAAAAUGUCCACGUUAUUGGCCUGACGAAGAAACUGCAUAUGAUCAUAUAAGAGUUAGAUAUAUUCAAAGUGAGAGCUGUCCGUAUUACACUCGCCGUGAAUUCUGUGUUUCUAAUACAAAAACGGAUGAAAGUGUUGUUGUAACACAAUAUCAAUAUCAUGGAUGGCCAACAGUAGAAGGAGAAGUACCUGAAGUAACUCGUGGUCUCAUUGAACUCGUAAACCAAACGCUUACAAAUGAUACAGAAUCAAGCGGCUCGCUAGUUGUGCAUUGCAGCUAUGGAUCUGAUAGGAGUUCUAUGUUCGUCGCUCUUAGUAUAUUGGUCCAACAAUUGAGAACUGAAAAACGCGUAGAUAUAUUUACAACAACAAAGAAAUUACGUUCACAAAGACAUGGCAUGAUUAGCACUUUUGCACAAUAUGAAUUUUUACAUCGUGCUAUCGUAAAUUAUUCAGAUCUUCAUAAUUUAGCCGAUGAUGAACCAACUUCUUAAUGUUGCGGAAUAAAAUAUUGAAAUGUCUCAAUAAUGUUUGGUGAAUAUGUGCGUAAAAACAACGUACAAAAAGUGUUUGGAGAUGUAUUCGAAUGCUCAAAAACCUAUAUUGGGCCAACCAAAGAGAUUACUAAUAUAUUGGUGAAAUAAAUGCAUCAUGAAAUUAGACUGAAAUAUACAUGUGUAUAAGCAAUUAUCGAUCUUUGAGAAUUUUUAUACACAAACUAUCGAAGAGAAAUAUGUGUAUACAUUUAUUCAUACCACAAAGAAUAAACAGUAAACAUUUCA